CUGCUACCCAAUAGUUUCCGUCCUUUAUCGGUGUUUUUCUCAAUGGCGUCUUUUAGCGUUCUUGUUUCGUAGUGUUUGUUAUUUAUUAUUUUUUUUUGCUGUGUAAAUAAUAUCACGAUUCUGAAAUGGCAAGCUCUAUGGAAUUAGAGGACCCGUCUGCAGUCCGUUUUCAGUUGGAGCUGGAAUUCGUUCAGUGUCUCGCCAACCCCAACUACCUCAACUUUCUUGCACAGAGAGGGUUCUUCCGUGAGAAGACAUUUGUGAACUACUUGAAAUACCUCCUUUAUUGGAAAGAGCCAGAGUAUGCCAAAUAUUUAAAGUAUCCACAGUGCCUACAUAUGCUGGAGCUGCUUCAGUAUGAACAUUUUCGUAAAGAGCUGGUCAAUGCACAGUGUGCCAAGUUUAUUGACGAGCAGCAGUUACUUCACUGGCAGCACUAUUCACGGAAGCGCAUGCGUCUACAGCAGGCACUUGCUGAACACCAGCUGCAGAGCAACACAGCACCCAAAUGAACAAGAACCACCAGCUAGGACUGUCUCAACUUUUCCAGUCAAAUAGGAAGGGAUUUCAUUUUGGUUAUUAAAGCUUAAUUUUCCAGAGGCUUAUAUUAAGUAAUAGUUUUACUGAAGAAGCCAUAGUGCCAUCCUGGAACAUAGCAAGAUAGAGAGUACAUGGAGCAGCAAAGCUUUUACUGAUAAACUUUAAAUUGUAUUAUUUUUAAGAUCAUCUUCUGUUUUGUGACUUGCUUUGGAAAAAUAAAAUUCAUAGUCUAACCUCCUGUGGUUGAAAUAAAACUCAUGGUCUAACGUACCUCUGAGGUGGAGUGAAUUUCCAUUAGUAAUUCUUACGGUUUCUGAGGUAAUUUCUUCAGUAUGCCAUAUUAAGUCCACAAAUUGUCUGCUUUUUAAUGUACUAUGGAAGUUAAGCCUUGGUUAACAGUAUGUUGUCUAUAUUAAGUUUACC